GUGAGAGAGACGGCGAGGAGGAGGAGUGUAGAAUGACAGAGGGAGAGAGAACUCUGGCACCUCUCAGAUCUCGGCUGUGGCGAGGGCUCCCGGUUGAAGCACAUUCCUCAAGCAGCCAGCGACAAAAAGGCAGCGGACAGUGCGGAGGAGAAGUCGCGACAUCCUUUAAAUCUCUUCGUGACCACAUAGGACUGCCUCUCACCUCCUCUCGGCUCACGCACUGCUCACAUAGACACUCGCUAAGCUGCCUAACACACCAGCCGCUCAACCAGCUCUGCUGCCCUGUCAGAAGUAAAGGAUUUCCCCGAUUGAGGCACAGGGACGGAAAGAAUAAAAAAACAGAUUGAGGAAAAGAAAUUUAAAUCACUGAAAAGGCGGAAAGGCUUCUCUUUUACUCGAGUUAGUGCCAUGCAGUGGUAAGCUGAGGAAAGCCAAGCUGAACUGAUCUGCUCUGAAGACUUUCUUACCCUUCACCCUACCCUAUCAGUCCCAGAUGGAGCUCAAAGUGUGGGUGGAUGGAGUAGUGCGGGUUGUCUGCGGUCUGUCCGAGGAGACUUCCUGUCAGGAUGUGGUCAUUGCUCUAGCACAGGCCAUUGGUCAGACAGGCCGUUAUGUUCUUAUCCAACGUCUAAGGGACACAGAAAGGCAACUGCUGGCCACAGAGAGGCCUCUGGAGUCUCUCGCAAAGUUAGGCCAACAUGGCAAUGAAGUUCAGUUCUUUCUACGUCGCACUGGCCCCAGCAGCAGUGAUGGACCUGGCUCAAAACAAGAGAGACCUAAUCCCCUUCCAUUGCCUAAGCAUCCUGAACCAGAGCCUUUGAAACGUAGCCAGCCUAAAAAAGCCCUGACCUUUAACUUGGGGCCAUCCACCUCUCCUAAGACCAAGACCAAACAAUUUAAGAGGUCUCCACGGGACUCUCCAGAGCAAAGAGCCUCCCCCUCUCCUUCAUCCAGCCCUCUGUCCCCUCAUAUGUCAUCCCCUUCUCCCUCACUACCUAUAGGCCCUUCAAAAGAUGAGGUAUUCAGGAAAGUUCUUCAGCAACAGGAGAGACUAAGGGCCAUUGAGGCCCAGCUAGAAGCCCUAGAGAGGGAGUCACACACCUGGGAGCGUCCCUACCCAUCUCCAUGUCCCUCACCUGUUUCUGAUGCUCGUUUGCAAGAUGAGAUGGACGCUUUGGAGCAAGCAAUGCGAAGGAACCAGGCAGAGCUUGCACAUGAGCAGUACUGGGAGGAGGAGCUAAAAGCCGAGGUAGAAAGAGAGCGAGGAAUGCGAAGGAAGCUUGGGGAGCUCCAUACAAAGCUAGAUGACUGUGGACGGCGGCUCCAUGAAUUCUCAGUUCGCUCUGCUCAGCUGGAGGAAGAGAUCCAGCGGGAAACCCAGACAGAAGGGAAAGCCACAGGACCUGAGGAGUCAUUUGACGCUGUAAGGGAAGAGUUACAAAGUCAAGAGAGACAUGGGACAGAGCUAGAAGAACAGCUAUCUGAGACUGACAAGGCUCUGGAGAAAUCAGAGUCUCUGUUGCAGGCCAAACAGGAUGAGCUGGAGGAACUGAAUAAGGAGCUGAGGCAGUGUAACCUGCAGCAGUUUAUUCAACAGGCAGGUGUCCUGCCUGUUCAAACCAACUCACGCACAGAGCUUCAGGAGCAACUGGAGCAAUUUCUACAGGAUGGAUACAGGGAUGGAAAUCAGGGUGUAACUCCAUUUGAAUCUCUGCCUCGUCCUACUGCAAAGCAGUUCCUGGGACACCCACGCAACCUUCAAAACCCUCUAGUGUCCAGCCUCAACCCUGAGGUCCUGACAUCCCGAGACUCGUCAUGGAGAUAAUACAUGGACCGCAGGGCCAAGGAAAAGUUGUUCACUGUUCUGUCACCGUCACCUCUUAUUUAACCCUUUCCUUUGUAACGCUCAUUUAUUUUUUUUCAAUAUACCAUGAUAUAUAUAUAUAUAUAUGUAUAUACAUAAGACGAAUAUAUUUACAGAGUUUUCCUACUGUAAACACUGCAGAGUAUC